AUGUCUGGAGCGAAAACAGAGGUGAUCCGGAAGAAUCCGGUCAUCUUUGUUAUCGGAUGUACUGGGACAGGUAAAAGUGAUCUGGGCGUGGCUAUUGCAAAGAAAUACAAAGGAGAAGUAAUAAGCGCUGACUCGAUGCAGAUUUAUAAAGGUCUUGACAUAGCUACGAAUAAGAUCACUGAAGAAGAAGCAGAUGGUAUACCACAUCAUUUGAUGAGUUUUGUUGAUGCAGCUACCGCCAAAUACAACAUCCAUCAGUUUCGUCAGCAAGGAUUAGAAGCCAUUGAGGAAAUUCGACAGCGCGGAUGUACGCCAGUUAUUGUUGGUGGAACAGCAUACUAUGUGGAAAGUCUACUGUUUGAAGAGAACAUCAUCGAAACUCCAGAAUCAUCAAAUAAUGUUAAAGAGUUGGAAAACCUUGAAAGUUUGUCUAAUAGUGAACUUCAUCGGCGACUUGAAGAGAUAGAUCCACAAUCUGCUCGAUUAGUGCAUCCGAAUAAUCGAACCCGAGUUUUGCGAGCUAUUGAAGUAUUCAAAUUAACGGGCAAAAGAAAAAGUGAAUUUUUGCGAGAACAGAAAGAGUCUAAUGGGUCACGAGAUUUAGGAGGGCGUCUUCGAUUCCCAGAAUCGCUGGUACUUUCACUGGAUGCCUCAAAAGAAGUCCUUAUUGAACGAUUGAACGUACGUGUUGAGAAGAUGAAGAAGUUGGGUCUAAGGAAGGAACUGGAAGAAUAUUAUGAUAAGAACCGAGAGAAGUUGAUUAAUAGAGAUCACUUUGGCGUCUUGCAAUGUAUUGGAUUGAAGGAAUUCAUUCCAUAUUUGGAACUUUCCUCGGAGGAACGAUUAUCUGGCAAAGGAGAACGUUUGUUUGAGAAAGGAUGCGAAGAUGUUAAAUUACACACUAGACAAUACGCCCGUAGGCAACGUAAUUGGGUGAAUUCAAGAUUUGUUCGACGUCAGGAGAUACGAGAGGUCCCAUCUCUGAAGGUAUUAGAUACCUCUGAUAAGAACACCUUUAUUGCCGAUGGGAUGCGAAUAGUAGACGAAUGGAUGAGCGGUCGUGAUUUUAAGGAGAGUAACGAUAAUGAAGGUGAAAAUAGUGAAGACGCAAAUAUGACUCGACGUUGUGAAGUUUGUGGUAUUAUUGUGGCAGGAACUAGAAAUUGGAAUAAACAUCUCGCUGGAAAACGGCAUAAAAAUGCUGUACGAGCGUUGAAGCGUCAUCAACAGAUGUUAAAUGGAAAAAUGUUGAAGUCGCUGAUGGAAACGCAUCGAAACGGCCUACUUCGGAGAAGGACGAGAACUAUUGAGAGUUAUAUCGAAGAAAAUGUGGAGAUCAUAUUCUAUGAUCGUUUCUACACCUAUGAAGUGAUGGCAGGGACAUAUCUCGUGAAAAAUAGUGAUUGGUCUCGAAAUUUUCUCGACGGAUGGGCCAACUAUGAAUAUCGACUUCCGCGUAGCUUUCAUGGAUCUGAUAACGGGGUCCUCAAUAUCUACCUCGUGGAAUGGAUAGCACCAUCUCGUCAUAUUGAACUAAAUUUAUGUCAACAAAUAUGGAAUAAUUCUCGAAAUUGGAAUGGAGUGUUCACUUUUACGGCAUGUGUUCGCGAUAUUCUUGGAGAUCAAACAAAUUACGGGAAGAUUAAGAUUUUGAAAAAGGGAACCGGAUGGGCACGUGAUUCGUUUCUGACGAAUGGAAGAUGGAAUCCAUCACGAGAUUUCAUGUUACAUGAUAUGAAGGCAAAAUAUCGACGUUAUCGCAAACCGCUUUCGUUAGCUUCACCAUUAAGGACUCUGGAAAUGCACUUGUGGUAUAAUCCAUUUGUUGGAGAAUUCGAUUUGAAUCUAUGCAAACCUGGGAAUUCCUCAUGGAAUUAUGUCAGUUAUUUGAUUGCACCAGUAUCGGCUCUAGAAGAACGAUAUCGUAAAAAAUAUCUUGAAGUUCAUUUUGAAAAAUUGAGGACAUUAGGAGGAAUCAGAGAGUUCUUUGGAAAUUCUGAAUUCGAACGUACCCUAUCUGAACCUUGGAAUAACGGAAUACACAUGUGGUAUUUCCAUUCGAUACUAUUUUUUGCGACAUUUCCUUACAUAUACGCUACCAACGACUGUUGGAAGUAUCCGAGCAUCACUACCGCCGACGAAUACCAUGAAUUCGUCGCCGCUUGCGCUGGUUCAGAAAAACUCGGUUUCGAGAACGAUCUUCCAUGGAUUUUCAACGCAUCACUUAUAAGUGAAGGGGAAUUCAAUCAGUUAUUCGCGAAUGUACGCGAAUUACGUAUGAGCAUCUACAUCCAGAAUACUAAUUAUGUAAAUCCGAAGCUGGAAAAUCUGAAGAAGGUUCAUGUUAGACCUGGGCAACCAUCGUUUCGUAUCGAAAACAAUCCUGGAUUAAUAGAUCUGCAAACACCGGAUAAAGUUAUAAUAGCAUUGCCAACGGAUGCUAUCGUAGAAGUCUAUUAUUACGGAAAUGGUCGAGGUGAAGAUAAACAUAGUGGCGGAGAGCAACCGUUUAGUAAUGUUUAUAAGUUAUGUCCUGUAAAAGACGGAUGUCAUGUUGCAGAAGAUACAGAGUGCAGCAGACUAGAGGAACCAAUCACUAACGUAGAGGAAUUCGUCCGAAAAUGUUCACACAAAAAAGUGAUCAAAGGAGCACCCGGAGUGAAACUUGAACUCGAUCUAGCUACACUCAAUGCAAAUCAAAUUGAUGGGUUGUUUAACACCACUAAGGAUGUUCAUAUGUGUAUCACUGCCACAGGAACAUACCACAAGAAGAUACGAUUUCCUCAAUUGGCUCAUAUAGAGUCGUGUGAGCGAGGCGAAAACGCUCUUCUCAUUGAGAACAAUCCAUUUCUGGAAAAUGUUUUAUUACCCUGUGUGUUUUCACACGAUGGAAGCUUCAGAAUACGUGGCAAUACGAUUUUAAAUCCUAGAAAUAUCAAAUCAAUACUCACAAUAUGCGUGCAAUGUGAUCUACAAGAUCCAGGAGAGCAACCGGUGAUGUCGGGCCAUGAUUACCGCGAUGUUUGCGACCAUUACCCCUUCCCAAGGACUGAGGAAGAAUACAAACGGCUUUCAAAUGUAUGUCAGGGUGUCAAGACACUAUUUUUCGACAGCCCUGAUUCCGAAAUAUUCGAUGCAUCGCUAAUAUCGCAAUUUGAUUUCGAACAACUAUUUAAGAAUGUGGAAGAGGUCAAUUUCCUCUUUUACAUUGUCAAUACUACUUAUACUCGUUUGGCUAUUCCCAAUCUGAAGACGUUCCAUGUUAACGGUGGGAAUAUUAUGAUUAUUGAAGAGAAUGAAUUUAUGCGGGAAUUGAUUUCCCAUUACAACAUCGAUGUGGACGUCGAAAAUGCCGCCGUAACCGCUAAAUUGUCCAGAAAUCGUUGGAUUAGCGAAAAGUUCGUUGACAAAUGGAAACGUCGAUUCUGUAGAGGCAAUGUAGCUUGCGAAAUUUCACUAUACGUUGAUUGUUCCAAUGUUGAUUCAUUGGAUACGAAAGAAAUUGUGGAAAAAUGCACCGGUGCGAAGAUUAUAAAACCAAAACCAGGAGUAGAUUUGCACUUGGAUAUGAAAGGAAUCAUGCAUGAUGAAGCUUUUGAUUUCUUUGAAAAUCUUGAAGAAGCGCAUAUGUGCAUAUCUGUGGUGGAGACCGAUUAUGAUAGUUUGAAUAUGUCAUCUCUUAAGAAAUUCAUUCCAUGUAAAAGUCAGAAAAAUGCACUUGUCGUUAAAAAUAACGAGAAAUUAACAACGCUGUUCUUCAACUCAAAGUUAGUCAUCCCUUCAACAUCGGUUAUUCGUGGAAAUCCGAAACUUCUCGAAUCCAACUUGAGAAAACUACGAAGGAAAUGUCUACGAUGCGACAUUCAACUGUUCGGUGAGGCUCCCAUAUGA